AUGGUAGUGGUAUUGGUUGGUGGUUUAGCUGUGAUAAGUUCAUUGAAUUUUGAUAGGUUCUUGAAGGCUCCAGGACAUGCUCGUUUUAAAGAUGAAGAAACUGGUAUCGGUGUGACAUAUAGGGAGGCUUUUGGAAACUUGUUUCGGACAAUUGACAGCAGUUCCAACAUUUGGAUGUGGAUGAAAUUACCAUCUUCUUGUUUAUCAUUUAAACCUACAUUAGAAGGUCUAGAUGAUACUGGCUGGUUGGUGACAGAAGAAGUUGAUGAUGAAGAAGAUGGGGUGAGUGUCUUAUCAAAAGUAAGAGACCUGCGAGGUGAUGCUGAAGAGGAUGAUGUAGACGAUGCUGCAGAAGAAGACGGUGCAAUCUUAAGAGACCUAACGAGGGAACAAGUACGGUAUAGUGUCGCCAUAGUCCCAGGAGGACAGAGCUAUGAUCAGACACUACAACAAAAAUUUGGGUGGCCUGGGGUAAUUGAAAUAACCAAACAGGGUUCUUUUAUGGUUUUAAUAUAG